AUGGAUGCUAAUAGACAAGUUGAUAUGGAUACCAAUCGACAAGCUUAUCAAGCGAUGCUGGAUUCCAAUCGAAUUAAUAAUGAGCAUAUGAUGAGGAUUUUGAUGGAAGAACUUAGGGCUGGUAUGAAUGUAAAUCAGCCGCCACAUGCACCUAUGCCACAGCCACAGCCACAACCACAGUCGCAGCCUCAACCACUCUCACCAUGUCAAGUUAUGUAUGCAGAAGGAGGAGCUGGUGCUGGUGUCGUCCAUUUGAAUGUAGAAGCUCGUCAUCAUGAUGAAAAUGUUUGGAUGCAGAUAGAUGAUGAUGAAAGAAGAUUAAUUGCAUUUAAAAAACACAAGCCUCCGUGUUUUUGUGGAACUCGUGACCCUAUCGUAGCAGCUAAUUGGCUUCAAGCCAUAGAAAAGAUCUUUAGGGGGUGUUUGGUUCAAGGAGAUGCUAACGAAUGGUGGUUCAAUACUACUCAACCUCUAGAAUUGCAAGGUCAUGUCAUUACUUGGCAUAUGUUCGAGGGUCUAUUCUUGGAGAAAUAUUUUCCUCAAGAUGCUAGAGAAAGGAAACAAGGAGAGUUUGAACGACUUGUUAAAGGCCCUAAGUCUAUCGAUGAUUACUUAGCUAAGUUUAAUGAACUUGUUAAGUUUGCAAACUAUAGAGGCGUUAUGCCUUCAUCUGAAUUGCUAGCUGCCAAGUUUCAAAGGGGUUUAAAUGAGAAGAUUGCAGAAUUGAUGGCCUGUAACGGAUCUAGAGAUUUUGCUACCUUGGUUAAUCAAUGCAAGAAAGUUGUGGAUGUCUGUAACCUGUCAAAGAAGUCUUCUGAUGGUAAGGAGUCUGAUUCGAAAGUUUCCACUAGCAGAAAUCAAUGUGGAAAAACAAGGGCAAAGGAAAGAAUUUACAAGUCAAGCAAUCUGGUGAUGAAUUCAAGAAACUUGGGAAUCCCCAGAAUGGAAAUUUCAAAUAUUUUCCGAAGUGUUCCAAGUGCGACAGGUCAUUAUAUAAGGGAUUGUCCAAAGCUCGGGGGACGUGCUACAGCUAUGCAGGCUAUACCUUUUCAUGCUUCACCUUUACAAGUUAUCCCAAAUCAGACUAUUCCAAAUUCUGUGGAUCAGAUUCUAAUUGUUCAGGCUCCUACUUUUACGGGACGUGUUUAUACACUGGAUCCACAGCAGUCUGAGAGAGCUCCGAAUUUGGUUAAAGGUACGAAUUUUAUAGAUGGCAUUGAUAUGAGUGUCUUGUUUGCCACUGGAGCUACUCACUCGUUUGUUUCGAGUUUUGUUGCAAUUGGUUUGAAUAUGCCUUUAUAUGAUUUUAAACCUCCGAUGGUGGUUAAGACUGCCACGGGAGAAAAAGUUUCUUCCUCUAUGCUAUGUAAGGAUGUUGAGUUUGUUUAUGAUGUUAGUAUAUGGAUGUCCUAG